UCUCUCCGAUUGGUCCACAGGGCGGAAGCGGACAAUGGCGGCGUAAACAACGCUGGCUCGGUGCUGGGAACUGCAACGGUCGAGCCCCCAUCGGAAGUCAAACUUACAACAACACGAGAACAAAACAGUUGGAGCAUGUUUUCGAAACACGGACACAUUUUACCCGAUGUGAAAACAAUCAAACCACCGCUGGUUCACUUUACGCUGGUGUUUAGGCGCUAGAGCCGGCUAACUUUUAGCCGAGUUUGCUAACCUAACGGAAAAAGUAGGACCUAUAGUUUGCAGGAAUGGAUUGCGUCGUGACGGGAGGAAACGUGAAAGUUCUGGCCAAAGCCAUCCUCUCGCUGUCCAGGAUCGGUGAUGAGCUGUAUGUGGAGCCCCAGGACGACGGGCUCGCCCUGCGGUCUGUGAACUCCUCUCGGUCUGCAUAUGGCUGCUUCCUGUUCGCACCACUCUUCUUCACCAGGUACACCAUCCCCAAUGGGCAGGACUUCCGCUGCAAGAUGGCUAUAAAGAGCGUGCAGGCCGUGUUCAGGUCUCUGGCGUCUCUCGAGAAGACGGUGGAAAAAUGUCACAUCGAGCUGGACAAGAAGAAGAACCGCCUCACCUUCACGCUGCACUGCAAACAUGGCCUGCUGAAGACACAUAACUUGUCUUUCCAGGACAGUGAAAGUUUACAGGCCGUGUUUGAUAAGGAGAGCUAUGCCAAUGUGUUCAGGGCCCAGCCCAGGCUGCUGGCGGACACAGUUGUGCAUUUCCCUUCGUCUCUGGAUGAAGUGACCAUGUCAGUGAAUGAUGAUCGGAUGUGGUUCAGGAAUCAUGUGGAGGACGAAGCAGAGCUGUCCAAGGCCAUGCAGACAGAGCUGUGUCUGGCAUCAGACGAGUUUGACCAUUUCGCCGUCCGAGCUCACAACAGUGUCACAUUUUGUCUGAAGGAGUUACGGGGUUUGUUAGUGUUUGCAGAGUCCGCUAACCUCCCUAUUUCUAUCUACUUUGAUGAACCAGGAAGCCCUGUGGUGCUUUCAGUAACGGACAGUGUCCUGGAGGGGAACUUUGUGCUCGCCACACUCUCUGAUGAUUCCCACCAACGCAAAGACAACACUAGACGAGCACAGACACCACCUCCUCCCCCUCCAGAUGACUUCAUGAACGAUGACAUAGACUCCUACCUCAUCGCCAUGGAUACCAGCAUGGCACCGGGUCCCUCGUCUGCAGGUCCACCCACCCCCCCGUUAGCUAAAUCCACAUACUCCAAACAGCCUGUCGCAGCCUAUCACAGGACGAGGAUACACAGUGAAGAAGAGGAGGAGGAGAAAGAGGAAACAGAUGACUCGGACAGACCACCUAAUAAGAAGUUCUGUUCCUUGUUCUUUGGAUCCGUGCUUCCCCCAUCUUCUCAGAUGAGCACUCAACCAGUGACAAAUCAGGAAGUGCUGGCCAGUGACAGUGAGGAUGACACACAAGCAGAGUAACACUGGACUGAUGGAAUGUGGCUCGAGAGAGAGAUGGACUGACCUGAAAGUGGAUGCAUUUGUUUCCAUUUUUAUUUUUGUUACACUGAGUCACCUGAACGACUUGAAAAUGCAGACAUGGACAUCUGGGAUCUUUAUUUUCAUCUUUACUGGCUUGUUUUUUUAUUACUUCAUAAUAUUAAUGGUGGAAACCUGGGAUUAUGUGAAAGAAGACAUUGAAGCACUUCCUGUAUAUUUUUGUUUGGAGGCUCUUCGGUUUGUGAUCAAGGGGCAGCGAAAAGAAAGUCCCUCCGAAUAAAACACAGCUAUUUUUCAAA